CUUAAUUAACGACGGGCCAACAUAAAUUAUCCAGUAUUGCGUCAUCUAACCUCAUACAUUCUGGAACUUUCCGGAGGGUUCUGUUUACUUAUUUUCUAAAUUGAGACAACGCAUUAUCGCUCAUUUUAACAGUUAAGUGCGACACUUAAAGCUCGUGGUCAUUUUUAGCGAAAUGGCGUCAUUGUUAGCAGCUAGAUUAGUUUGUCGGGCACCGGUAGUGCUGAGACAACUCCCGAAACAGUCUUUUGUGCGUUCUUACGCUGACGAAGGUCGCGAUGCGCUCAGUCGGGCCGCCAGGAGGCAGACUUUGCGUGAACGGGCCAUGGCCCCCACGUCUGGAGCUCCUUUCACAAUCGGUCAGGGGGCCGUAGCAGGAGGGGCCGUUUUGGGGCUCGGAGCCCUGUGUUACUACGGCAUGGGUCUAUCCAAAGAAGUAGGAGCGUUUGAAAGAUCAGUUUUGUGGCCCCAAUAUGUGCGAGACCGCAUCAAAUCGACUUAUAUGUACUUCGGGAGCUCGGUUGCUGUAACAGCAGCUAGUGCAAUGGCUGCGUUCCGAAGCCCCGUUAUCAUGAACUUGGUGACCAAGGGUGGUUUUGUGGGCAUUGCUAUCACCCUGGGGGCUAUGAUGGGCACUGGAAUGCUGUGCCAAAGUAUUGAAUACAAGGAAGGGAUCGGGGCGAAACAACUCGCGUGGUUGCUUCAUGCUGGGACCAUGGGGGCCGUCUUGGCCCCUAUGUGUUUCCUAGGCGGUCCGUUGUUGAUCAGGGCUGCGUGGUACACCGCUGGGAUUGUCGGGGGGUUGAGUACGGUUGCUGUGUGCGCCCCUAGCGAGAAGUUCAUGAAUAUGGGGGCUCCCUUGGCGAUGGGGCUCGGGGUUGUGUUUGCUGCUUCGAUUGGAAGCGCGUUUUUGCCACCGACGACGGCACUAGGGGCUGGGUUGUACUCAAUUUCGAUCUAUGGGGGCCUGCUUCUUUUCUCUGCUUUCUUGUUGUAUGAUACUCAAAGGAUUGUGAAGCAGGCGGAGACUUAUCCAGCUUCGCCCCAGUUGUAUGGUGUCAGGCCUUACGAUCCGAUUAAUGCUUCUAUUUCGAUCUAUUUGGACACUUUGAAUAUUUUCAUCAGAAUUGCGACGAUUUUGGCCAGCGGCGGUGGCGGUCAAAGAAGGAAGUAAACCCGACUGUGACAUAAAUUAUACUUAUUUUUUUUAAUUACGAAAUAAAUUGAGUUUUGAUUAAGUUAAGUUUGUAAAUAAUGUGAGUGGAAGGCGUGUGUUUGUAAAAAGCGAAUGAUGUUUUACAAGUAGUUUAUUUAAGCUUUUUGUAUUCACAAUGAUUGAGUUUUAGUAUUACAAUAAAUAACAUUCGAUAAUGA